CCUCGCACUCUUCCAACGCUUCACGCUCACGCCUCUCUCCCUCUCCUCCGCCUCCCCCGCGUCGACUCCUCCAGCUCCUCCGCCGACCCCCAUCGCGACGCCGAUGGCGCGCCGCCUCCUCGCCGCCCUCCUCGCGGCGUCGCUCCUGCUCCCGCUCGCUCGCCCGGACUCCUCCCCCUCCCUCCCCGCCACCGCCACCGCGUACGACGAGCUCCGCCUCCGGGGCUUCCCGCGGGGCCUGCUCCCGGCCAACGUGCGGGGGUACACGCUCGACGCCGGGUCCGGGGACUUCGCCGUCGACCUCCGCUCCAGCUGCAGCAUCGUGCUGCCCGCGGGGAGCUACCUCGCCGCCUUCAGCGACCGCCUCACGGGGCGCCUCGGGGACCGCCGCAUCUCGGGCCUCAGCGGCAUCCGCGUCAGGGCCUUCUUCCGCUGGUGGUCCAUCACGGGGAUCCGCGCCGACGGGGACCAGCUCGUCUUCGAGGUCGGCUCCGUCUCCGCCAAGUUCCCCGCGCGGGACUUCAACGCCAGCCUCGAGUGCCCCGCCAAGGCCGACUCCUGAUGCAGCAGCUAGGUCAUCCUCUCGCCUGCUCCAUGGUACAUGGCAUCAUAAAAGGGCAGUUGGACUUCAGGCACAUCGGUGUUUUUAGCUUCACCUGUCUUUGUUGUAAUUAUAUGUUAGAUGCAUAAGACAGACUGGAUCGUUGGAGCCUGUCCUGUCGCCCUUAAGUGCCAAGAAACCGCGGAUUGCGGAAGUGCUUCCCGCGUUUCAUUAGAAUAUACUGUGAUGCGCGACAUCAUUGCUUGAAAACUUGUGUUUGGUUCUUAUCUUUGGUACUAUCAGAUUGGGAAGUAUAAUACUUGUAUACGGUAUAUGACUCCUGGGCAGAAUAAGAAUCAACAUAUAUAAUAAAUGCCUAAUGAAUAGAAGACUAUGCAUCUUUUUUU